GCCAAUAUGCUGCAACCGUCUCUACUGCCUCCAUAUUCACUUCCUUGUAGGAAACGACAUUUACUAGUCCACGCCGUUCGUUAUUUCGCCGUCUGAACGAGAGGCGAUUAACUGGCGAGAACUAGCCAUGUCCGUUCCGCCGCCGUCGGUCGCUUCGGUAGGAUACUCGGCCUUCUACCCUGCCGGCUACCAGGCUCCAGAAAGCCAUGGCCUGGACCGCACUUUUCGCCUCACGGCCUUUUCUGAUAUGAAAGGCUGAGGGUGUAAAGUCCCGCAGGAGACACUGCUCAAACUCCUGCAGGGACUGGAGCCCGAGGCUCAGCCGGGACAGGACGGAGCGGAGACUGGAGCCGGGGACGUGGUCUCGGAGUUCAGUCAGCUAGCCUCGGUCUCACACGGUCCCCGGUUAGGCAUUGGGAUGGAUUCUUGUGUCAUUCCUUUGCGGCACGGAGGUUUGUCCCUGAUCCAGACCACAGAUUUCUUCUAUCCUUUAGUCGAAGAUCCUUACAUGAUGGGUCGUAUAGCAUGUGCAAAUGUGCUGAGCGAUCUGUACGCCAUGGGAAUUACUGAAUGUGACAACAUGCUGAUGCUACUGAGCGUCAGUCAAAAGAUGAACGAGAAGGAGAGAGAGCAGGUGAUGCCUUUAAUGAUGAAAGGUUUUCGUGAUGCAGCUGAAGAGGGCGGGACUUCUGUGACGGGCGGACAGACGGUUGUGAACCCUUGGAUCAUCAUAGGGGGCGUGGCUACGGUAGUGUGCCCACCUACUGACUUCAUCAUGCCAGAUGGUGCUGUACCAGGAGACGUGCUUGUUCUGACCAAACCUCUCGGAACCCAAGUAGCCGUCAACGCUCAUCAGUGGCUCAACAUACCAGAAAAAUGGAACAAGAUCAAGUUGGUGAUCUCGAAGGAGGAGGUGGAGCAUGCUUAUCAGGAGGCCAUGCUCAACAUGGCUACCCUUAACCGCACUGCCGCUGCUCUAAUGCACAAGUUCAACGCACAUGCUGCCACUGAUAUCACCGGCUUCGGGAUCAUUGGGCAUGCACGGAACCUCGCCAAGCAGCAGCGCAACGAAGUGGCCUUUGUUAUCCACAACCUGCCAAUCCUCGCCAAGAUGGCUGCUGUCAGUAAAGCCGGGGGUAACCUGUUUGGCCUUCUGCACGGCACCUCCUCUGAGACCUCAGGCGGUUUGCUGAUCUGUCUGCCUCGAGAGCAGGCGGCGCGUUUCUGUGCCGAGAUGAAGGCGAGCCGGACGAGCUCACUGGGCGACGGACAACAGGCCUGGAUCAUUGGAAUCGUGGAGAAGGGUAGCCGCUGCGCUCGCAUCAUCGACAAGCCCCGCAUCAUUGAGGUGCCAUAUCGUGGCCUCGCAGCAGCGAACGCACAGCAGGAGAGCUCCAACACUAUCACAACCCCCACAGCCACCAACACCAGCUGUAGCCCUGCUGAAGCUCAGCCCAGCCUGGCGCAGUGACCCAGCCUCUAACACAAGAGUGUAAUAGGAUUGUUCAUUGUUCACGUUUGUGCUCUGUACAUUUCACCUCUCUCUCUGUGGGUGUGGCCUCUCUGGUUGUGCGAGUUAUUAAGGUUGUGUACUUGUGGGAAUAUGUGGAAUGUAGUUUGUGCUGGUAAGACUGGAAGCAUGAGUGUGUGUGUGUGUGUGUGUGUGUGUGUGUGUGUGCGCAUGAGUGAGAGAAUGCAAGGGUGCUUGUGUGAUUCAGAGGGAAUAUGAGGGAGGGGAUAUGUGCAUUCUCGACGCUUUUCAUUUCAUCUCCCUGUUCAGCCGACGGGUUGAGAGCAACAGACCAAAAAUUUUCUUUUUACCUGGUGGGAGGUGGAAUGGAUUGCUUUUCCUUCUAUUUUAUUUCUUUUUCAUCCACUUUCCUCUGUCAAUCCAGUGAUUUAGAAGAAUCUCUCAUCAAUUGUAUUGUGUUAAAGCCUGUAAACGCCCCCUUUCCCGUUAGCCCUGGGUUAUGUUUUUGCUGAAAGAAUGUUCACUCUGAGUUCAAGCGUUAAAAAUUUGCAAAACUGAUGCUUGUUUUGAGUCACAUCACAUUUCUGAAAAAGUUCAGACCCUUUCGAUCAGAUGCAUCUUGUUUAGGACAAUCAGAGCCACUUAAAAUACGUCAGAAAACAUUCUAUCAGCAAACUUUAGGGAAUUCCAAUAAUACAGUCAAAUCAAGCCAAAAAAAUUGCUGAAAAUAAUAUUUAAUACGGGAAAAUGUAAUUUAUUUGAUAUUUAAUUAUAUGAUUUGUGUUUGUGUCAUAAUUCUGAAAGCAAUCAACCAAAUUAAUUAACCGAUCAUUGUGAUGCCAUUGUUUUAGUUCUGAUCAGCUUCUCAUGUAGUUGUGUAGCUGUCUGUGUCGGGUGAAUGAUUUUUUUGUGUUUACAAUCAUUUCGGUCUCUGGAAUUUGUGCAUUAGUGUUUAUUUUUGAAAUGUUUUGCAUUUGAUCAUGUUAUGUGUCUCUGUACCGAGGUUAAUGUCGGGGUUUUAGAGUCUCAGCUAGUGAUGGUCCGUCCUUUUCAUCAUGUAUUUAGUCUGCAGUAGCUUUCGGGACUUAGUUUUGUGUGAUGCUUAGAAUUACGGCAAGCCUGUUUUCCUAUCAAUGCUGAGGUGUUUCUCACUCCUCCUCUCUCUGUGCUAGCGUUCUGAUUUUCACCACUGGGAAAUCUGAUGUCUGAGUCCUCCCCGUGUAUCAGAGAGAGGAUUGAGCAGCUCUCUUUGGUCCUAUGGGCGAGGCCGGAAUCCCAGAGGCUUUCAGCUGAACUGCUGCAGUGGAUCAGAAGCACUCUCUCUUCCUGAUCAUGAUGCAUUUCCUGUUAAACCUCAGCCAGUGGGGAUGGGAAAAGUUGAUGUUAUUUUUAAGGAAGCGUGGGAGCUGGUCUGCUUCAUCUGUUCAGCUGCCUCAGGCCUUUGUCCUGAUUUACAUGUCAUCUUAAGACAAUAAAACUCAUCAAGGGAUUUGUGUAAA